GUGAUUGCUGCGCGUGUCCUUUAAUGGUGGGCGUGGCUUCCUGCUGCAGAUGACUCCGCUUCAAUGCGGAAGACAAACAGGGCGCGCCUUACUUCUAACUUAGCAAGAGUAGAGACGACGUACCCAGGAGAUUUCUUUUUUGAGACUCCAAGCAAUAUAGAACCAUGUGGCCAAAUCAAGGUCCCCCUGCUCCAAUGGGUAAUCAAAACCCUGCCUUCCCCCCCGGUUACAACCCUGCAUUUCCCACUGCUCCUGGAUCAGGAUUCUUCCCUCAGGGUCCAAACCCUGCCUACCCUGCGGGCCAAUUUCCAGCUCCCAUGAACCCUGCCAUGAUUCCCAAUGCACAACCAGGGGUGCCUUAUGGAGGCCCUGGACCUCAUGCAUAUCCCAUGGCUCCUGGAGGUGUUCAUCCAGGCCCAUACCCCCACUCUCCUAAAGGUGGGCACCACAAGGGUCACCACAAAGGUCCUCAUCAUGGUGGAUUGCAUCCAGGGCCUGGAAUGGUAGUUGGAGGGCUUGUACACAAAAAGAAUAAGAAGAUGAAGAAGAUGAAGAAAGGUCACAAACAACACAAGCAAGGACACAAAAAACAUGGCAAGUCAUCAAGCAGCAGUAGCAGCAGUAGUAGCAGCAGCAGCAGUGAUUCAGAUUGAGGGCUCAAGCCCAACGCCUGAUCUUCAGAGAAUCCUCCUUCCAAAAGUGCAACUCAACUUAUUAGCUAAAAUUAAAACUUAUCAUUUUUACCCGCACAAGUACAGUAUGAAAGCAUACAGUAUUUCAUAAUGUCCUUUUAGCGUUUAUUUAUGACAAUAAAGCAGCAUGCACACCAGUGAUUCAGUUGCUUCUCCUUUAUAUAGUUUGUAAUGUGGAGGCCUUUAGUUUUGCUUUCUGUACUGUUACUGCUCUUUUCUUCUCUGUUUUUGUAAAUAAAUGCGCAAAAAACAAGUGUACAACUAAAAAGUGUUUUUUUGAAAGAUUUAGUACAUUAGUACAGUUAUUAGUAAAUUGUUUCACAUUCCAAAAAUAUUGUGUAAGUGCAGAAUUGGAACUAUUGUGUUUCGUCCAAGUCCGACCAUAUGCUCACCACUAUAUGGCUUCAAAAUAAAUCAGUUAAUCAAUGAA